AUGAUAUCGAGCCAGAUAGAGCCUAUUCUUUACCCUCGUUUGCUUCUUCUUCUUGAAUUUGAUUCUUCUUGGACACUCGAAUCCAACCUAGAAGAUCUCGACCUCGACCUCCAAGAUUACAAACCAUCUGUACCGCUAAAACAAGUCCCAAACGGCGACGUUUUCGAAGGUUCACGCGCCGGUGAUGUCGAUAGGCUCCGGUACCUUCUCGAAACCGGAGUCAACGUCAACGCACGUGACCGUUGGGACUCUGUUGCUCUCUACUACGCUUGUCUCGCUGGUCAUAUCGAUGAUGCUCGAUUGCUUCUAGAGAACGGUGCGAUUUGUUCUGAACAUACUUUUGAUGGUGCUCGUUGUCACUACGCUUCUCUUGAUUUAAGGAUUCGGAAGCUUCUUAAGGCCUUUGAAGCUUGUCCUCCUCCGCUUGGUCCAUUGCAAGCUUCACUUAGGGAAACGUUUUUGGGAUAUUGUCAUAAUCGUAUCUGA